AUGUCGAUGACCAGUCUCAAGUCUAUCUGCAUUGCGCUUGCAGUGCUUGGGAUGGCUAACGCAUUAGAUUACAAAUAUUACAAAGCAGAGAGUGGCGAGACGGCGAACGAUCCGAUAUGUUCUCUCAACUUUGGAUUGGCAUAUGUGACUGAUACCAACGCCAAUAUCAGGCAUGUGGACGAUGUGCAGAACAUAACUUGUUCCGUUCCGGCAGAUAGUUGUGCCAGAGUAUCAAACCAGAAUCUCUCAUCUAUUUUCUUCUGCAACUACGGGUCUACUGCGAUUAAUACCAAGUGUGGAACUUUGGUAGAGCCCGCCAAAAGCAUUCAGAGCGCAUGCAGGCUCCGCGACUUCUACGAUUACGGAUAUAUUGAACAGACCCUAACACAAGGCACUGUCGAGUAUAAGUAUACGAUAGCUCUGGGUGGCGAAUUCCCCAACUCGGCCUAGGUCUACCUUUUCUGCUGUUAUGGUGCCUCAGCUUUGUCUACACGAACGAGUUUUUCCAGCGUGGAUUGGCGGUUGACG